AUGGCGGCUGCGUUACCUGUCUUCGCACUAAGAACGCUAGUAACGUUCGGUUUAGUGGCCAGUAGUGUCAAACAUUGCUCGGGGCAGACGUAUCGGUCGGAAAGCGCCGAAGUUGGUCGUCUGGUGCAGGAGUAUGACAGCCGGUUCUACCAGCAGCCGGCGCACGAGCUCGGUUUCGGCUACUACUACCAAGGGGACAUCAUGCUACCAGCGCCCCGAAGCCAGAACCGGCUGUCGCUGUCCGAGGAGCAAACAUCCUCCCGCUGGCCAAACGCGAUCGUGCCGUACCUUAUAUCAUCGAAAUCAUUCAAACCGCACGAGAUCCGCACGAUUCAGGAGGCGAUGAAUGUGUUCCACACGAGAACCUGUGUGCGGUUUAUGCCGAGGACUCCACAGUCUCAGCACUACGUGCGGAUUACGAGCAACAAUGCGGGCUGCUACGCCUCCGUCGGCAGGCAGUUGGACAACGGCCAGAAUGUGAUGAAUCUGCAAACACCUGCCUGUCUAACCCGCGGAACUCCGAUCCACGAGUUGAUGCACGUGCUCGGCUUCCUGCACGAGGUGAGCCGACCGGACCGGGACGAGUACGUCUACGUCAACCGGAGCGCGCUCAAGCCGGAGUAUCAAACGAAUGCGUUCUACAACACGAACUUUGCCAAGUUUGAGCGGAACGUCGAAACAUACCAUAUCCCGUACAACUACGGUAGCAUCAUGCACUACACGCGCUAUGCAGGUGCCCGAGAUCGCCGGUAUCCGAUACUGAUGAACAAAAAACCAUACAGCGAACCGGACUUUGGUCACCAUACGCUCAGCCAGUCGGACAUCGAUGCAGUUAACUCACGCUACUGCCGAAAUGCAAUCAGUCAAUCCAUUGCGUCCCAGCGACCGUUCUAUCCCGUGUCCAACCCUCUUCCAACGUUCAGCUCUUUCAUUUAG